AUUUAUUGAGGAAAGAAAUGAACAGUAAGUUGGUAGAAAAUAGUCAUAGGCAACAUUCCCAGAGUUGUCUCAUUACCCUUCCCCACUUUCAAUAAUUUGGAUCUACAGUCUGGUUAAAAUCCCUAAUUCUCCCUGUUUUCAUCCACUCUCUUUGUUUUUUAAUGAUGUUAAAUCCAACAUGUUAAAUUUAUCAGGAUAAAAGUUUUAGCUCAUUCAUUAAUCUCCAUUGCUUUAGCAACUCUGAGAUCUUGGGUUUUUCUGUUUUUGCUUGUUUGUUUAUUUGUUUGUUUUGUCACAGAGGAAAAGGAUGCUUUUUGGGGUAAGCCUGGACAUUCUCACUAUGCAUAGAAACAAAGGUGGAUAAAAAGAAGUAAAAAUAAUCAGUGAGAAGUGAAAGAGAAAAGUUUAAACAAAAGUUCUAAACUGUUAAUAAAUACCUACAUCUUGCAAUUGAGUUUCUUUCUCUCAUCAUUUUACUAAAAUUAUUCUCAAAGGUAACUAUUAACAAAAUUCAGUCACCUUUUUUUUUUCAGUACUCUUCUUCAGUUUUUCACAUUAUGAUCUGCCAAAGUUUGGCCAAUCAGCUGAAGGAAUGAGGCAUGGAGGGCUCCCCAAAUAGCCAUAGACUUUACAACUAAUCUUAUGUCAGCCUGUGCCAUGAAGAACUUGGAUGAUUAAACUUAGCAUGGAAAUAGUUAUGCCUGGAGUGGAGACCCUUUAGCUGUGGUCAGACAGAGACAUAUCCUAAGAGGUUCUAGACAGAUGACCUUGAAUAAACCAUUUAUUCUCGCUGGAUCUCAAUUUCCUUAACUAUAAAAUAUGAGUGAUGAACUAGAAAAUUUCAAAGGUCCCUUCUGGCAAUAAAGUCUUCCUUCUCAAUAGAGUUGGAAUGACUCUUUAAAAAACUAUGAAAAAUAAUCCACUUCAACAUCAUUGUAUUAUAUAAUCAGGUUCAGUUAAGCAUCCUUAAAUUCACUAAAUGUAGAUUAAUGGCUGUUAGUUCAAAAGAAAUAAUCACUACACCUUUGGAUUCAAACUAGAUAAUACUAAUUAGAAAUUAAUGGGGAUAAAAAGCAGUGAUUUAGGAUAGGCAGAGAUCUACUCAAAUAGGGUAGGGGGUCAAAUUAUUUCGUACAAUAUGAACCCAAAUUCUUGCUUCUAAAUGCACCUGCCUACCAUAAUACAAGUAAACAUACAUUUAUUUAGGCAAUCACUAUAACUGACCAUAGCAUACAGGACAAAAUAAAAACACCUCCUGCAUACUAUUAAAGAGGUUACAUUCUCCUCCAAGAAUUGAUGCAGAGCAAAAGGAGCAGAACCAGAACAUAGUACACAGAGUAUGGGACUAUGAAAUAUAAUAGAUUUUUCUAUUAGCAGCAAUGCAAUCCAGGACAAGCCAGAGGAAUUUGAGAAAGAAUGCUAUUCACAUCCAAAGAAAGAACUGUGGGAAUAGAAAUGCAGAAGAAAACAUAUGAUACAUUAUGUAGAUCUAUAUGGAUAUGAUUGGGGUUUUGAUGUUAAAAGAUUACUGCAAAUAUGAAUGGCAUGGAAAAAGGUUUUGAACAAUGAUACAUGUAUAACCCAAUGGAACUGCUUGUCAGCUCCCGAAGGAGGAAAGAAAGACCUCUAUCAUGAAACAUGUACCAUGGAAAAAUAUUCUAAAUAAAAAAAAGUAAAGAAAAAAAUAAAUAUUUACUACCAAAAAAAAAAAGAGGCUCCAUUCUACUGAUCCUACUAAAAACAGCAAGAGUAAAGGGGAAGACAGAGGAGGAAAAGGACUGGAGGAACUCUUAUUAAAACAAAAAUAAAAUAGGUACCAUUUAUAUGUAGUAACUGAAAAAACACAGAACUACCAAAGUAGUUAUAAUCAGGGUCUUUAAUCUAAAAGAGGUAGAAAAAUUAACCUGGGAAGACAUCAGUCCCAGGACUUCCACUGAACUACAGAAUGCAGUGUGCUUAUCCAGAUUUUGGAAAAGGCAGAGUCCUGUCAACUCACUUGGGACCUGUAAUGACUGAGAGGCACAGAUGCAAGAGCCAAAGGCUAUGAUACCUGGGAAUAACCUAGAUACAAAAGGAGAAACAAAGAAAACAAAAAGGGUAUUUUAAAUUUGACUAAUCAACUUUCCUUUCCAGGCUGCUCAAUGGAUGGUAUUUAGUCUGGGACUAGGGUCAGUCAGGGAGUUUCUUGAGGCUAGUUCCCACACGACAAAGGUAACUUUGUGGUUUCAAAAAACAAGGUUGUCAGUAGCGUUUUAAUGUUUGCAAAGCGCUUUACAAAUGUAUUAUUUUUGUUUCAGAAUUUCAGAAUUCAGAAUACAUUCUACCUGAAUAAACACUUGUAGAUUUUCUGCAGCCCUACUAAACUGAAGAACAGUCAUGGGGGUGGGGGUGGGAGCAAUUUUCGAGUAAGGAUCUGCAAUAGGGUGUAAAUAGAGGAGUGGGUCCCAUUCACACAAAAGGGUGUAAAUACGAAAGGAGGAGGGGUCCCACUCACAAAAUAACGUGAGAAGAGAGGACCGGACCGUCUCUCAAAAAGGAUGUGUACUCAAAGGAGGUGAUGACCGUCUCUCACAAUGAUGUGAACUCAGAGGAGGUUAUGACUAGGGUGGGAAAGUAGCGGGUGGCCAGGUACAAGUUCUGCUGGAGGAUAUAAGAGCCGCGGUAGGAACGCCGGGAAACAGCCAGGAAGGAAGUGGUUGUAGACUACAAGUCCCAGAAGUCAGCGGGGGCGUCAGCGGCUCGGAAGCGGGCCGUGGCGCGGGAAGGCGACGUUCGCCCCGCAGUCCCACGGAGGGGCUCUGGCUGAGGCAAUAUGUCGUUGCCCAAGAAGAGAAAGACGGACGCGGCUGACGGCGGCGGAGGAGAGGGCAGUGCCGGCGAAGAAGAAGAUGGCGGAGAGCGCGACCCUGGCGGGCCAGGGGAGGCCCAGGAGAGCGAGCAGGGCGCGCGGGAUCGUCUGUACUACGAAUGCUAUUCGGACGUGUCUGUGCACGAGGAGAUGAUAGCUGACCGCGUCCGCACGGACGCCUACCGUCUGGGCAUCCUGCGCAACUGGGCGUCGCUGCGGGGCAAAACGGUGCUGGAUGUGGGCGCGGGCACAGGCAUCCUGAGCGUGUUUUGUGCCCAGGCCGGCGCGCGGCGCGUGUACGCCGUGGAGGCCAGCGACAUCUGGCAGCAGGCCCGUGAGGUGGUGCGGCUCAACGGGCUGGAGGACCGCGUGCACGUGCUACCGGGCCCUGUGGAGACCGUGGAGCUGCCUGAGCGUGUGGACGCCAUAGUCAGCGAGUGGAUGGGCUACGGGCUGCUGCACGAGUCCAUGCUGGCGUCUGUGCUGCAUGCACGCGCCAAGUGGCUCAAGGAGGGCGGCCUCCUGCUGCCAGCGUCGGCCGAGCUUUUCCUAGCGCCCAUCAACGACCGGACGCUAGAGUGGCGCCUGGGUUUCUGGGGGGAGGUGAAGCAGCGCUAUGGCGUGGACAUGAGCUGCCUGGAGGGCUUCGCCACCCGCUGCCUCAUGGGGCACUCAGAGAUCGUGGUGCAGGGGCUGACCGGUGAGGAGGUGCUGGCCCGGCCGCAGCGCUUUGCCCAGCUGCAGUUGGACCGCGAUGACUUGCAGCAGGAGCUUCAGGCUGGCGUGGGCGGGCGCUUCAGCUGCCGUUGUUAUGGCUCGGCUCCCAUGCACGGUUUCGCCCUCUGGUUCCAGGUCACCUUCCCUGGUGGGGAUGGCGAAAAGCCCCUAGUGCUGUCCACUUCGCCUUUCCACCCGGAGACUCACUGGAAGCAGGCGCUCCUCUACUUGGACGAGCCGUUGCAGGUGGAGCAGGACACGGACAUCUCCGGAGAGAUCACGCUCUCGCCUUCUAGGGACAACCCACGCCACUUGCGGGUCCUGCUCCGCUACAAAGUGGGGGACCAGGAGGAGAAAACUAAGGACUUUCGCAUGGGGGAUUGACCCUGAACACCAAGCCUCCCUUCCUUUCACCCCAGAGGCAGAGGGAUUGGGAGACUCAGAGGGAAGGGAGGCACAAAGAUAAGACUGAGAUUUUCGAUUGCCUUUUACCUCGUUUGGCACUUGGGGAGAGGGGUGGAGUUUGCUGUGGCCUCAAGUCUUCUCUAGAGAAGACAACUUUCUGGUGAUUGUAACGCUGUUUUUAAAAAAGUGCUUACUAACAAUUUUUUAAAAUCUCAGAUGCAUGUAGCACAGAGCACUUUUUGACCUUCGUUCGUUUUGGGGGAGGGAAAGGGACGAAAGAAGGGAGAAGCUCCAGAAAGGGAGAUACCUUUUGGUCCUCUCUUUCUUCUAAAGUUCAGAGAGAUCUGGGAAGGUCUCCUUCCAAUUAGGCCUUCUGAAUGUUCAGUCUGACUUUAAUAUCUCUCCAGUGCCAUAUUUUCUCAAUCUGGGAACUGUAAUAAAGGGGUUUUUUAUGUGGGGAGAGAGGAGAGGAUUUUCUCUCACAGAACUCUUUCCCCUCCCAAUGGCUUUUUUUUUUCUUUCUGUCUUCUGCUUAAGACAUUGUCUCAUAUCUAAAUACUAUUCUUGGAUUGUAAAGAACAUUGUAGCAAUAAGGACAGGUAUAAAGUGAACAGCAAGGUUGUGCUCAAUUUUUAAAAUAGCCAUGUUCUCUGGAAUAAUUUCCAUUUAUAGAUUUGUCACAUUGGUGGGGUGCUAAAGUGAAUUGGGCAAAUUACUUCCAUUAAGUAAAUUGGAAUGUUACUUCCCAGUUUCACAACCUAAUCUAAGAAACUUGUGUGGUGCACUGUAUGGUAGAACAGUUGAAGGGAAAUAAAUGUUUAAACUAAAUGUUUUUCCCUUACUCAGUUGAUAUCUUUCUAAGAAAAUAUAGAAGUUUCCAGUUUCCUUUUUUUUUAAAAAGGAGACCCUUAGGCUACAAAUUAUUUUCAUUCUUAUUCGAUAAGUGGAAUUAAAAGCCUCAAUUUCUGACCAAUGGGUUUUUUUCUUAAACCUAAGAUACUAUAGUUUCAACCAAUUAACAGAAAAACAAAUCCUUUAGAAGAAUACUUGUUCUGUAAAGUGGAAUAUUUCUUCUCUAAAUUCCCUGAUUUAGACAGAUCAUGUGAUCAUGUGGGCCUGGCCUUUUAAGAUAUGAAUUUAAGGAUUUGAGUAGUUUGUACCCUUUUUAUCUGAGCCAAAAGUAAAGUCUUGUGAAUAUGAAAAAAUCCCAUAUAAUGAAGUGUGUACUCCCCCAUUUUAUUGGUAUUAGUUUUCUCUAUAGUGAAAAUUUUGAAAUGCUUCAUUUUUCUAAUUGAGAUUAGAAAUCUUGUCCAUUGUUCAUGGCUUAAAUUUUUUGAUUCUGUUUUGGAUUUUGGUCAGCUCUUGAGAAAAGUCAGAAACUCCUUCAGAAUAUAGCCUCAGGGAAAUUAAAACUAUGUCAUUUUUAUUUGUUUGCUUUUUAAACAUCCUAACAUAAAAUGUUCGACAUGAACAAAUUACAUUCCAUAGCAGUCAGAUUUUAUUUAUUUCAAUACUUAAGAUGUUUUGGAUACUCAUCUUUUUUUGCAGAUUAUUGUAAAUAAGUUUCUGUAAGAAUUCUUUCUCUGAAGGGGAACCUUUAUUCAUAAGACCAACAUGUUUACAUGUUUACUGAAUGCCAAUAAAAAGUAUACUUUUAUUACC